AUGGUGCCUCUUGAAAGUGUGUUUGAAUGCACCCCUGAUCUCACAGAUGGAACAUUCCCGGGAUUAGAAGCAACCCAGAUACAAAUGCCACCACUGUCAUCAAUCAUUACAAAAUCACCAAAAAAAAAGGGUAUUAAUUACAUCAGAAUGCUCAACCAAAGAGUUUUCCCUCCAUUUGGUCUCCACUCGAGAAUCUUUACAUCUUUUUGUGACUCAUGGGAUAAGACGCAAAGGCAUGAUGACCAUGCAUGGAAUGACAAUCCAAAUGGUGAUGGAUCAUAUUUACUCUGGGUACCGAUGACUAAUGAUAUUCAACGUUUCGUUCUUCACGGAGUUCGCGACUCCAAGCGACAAAAGCCGAAGCCGCCACGUCCAGACCGGACAACAGUCAUCGCGUUUAAGAAAAGAAUGGAAGGGUAUGAGGCGAAAGGCCUCAUUUCCCUCAACUACAUGAAGUACAUCUGGCCCAACCUUGGAAGGCUGAGAUUUAGCCGUGAUUGUGACUUUAAGUUCUGGCUCACUCAAUUCAAUGAUCAUGCCUCAGAUUGUGGGCUUGAUGAAGAACAUUACUUCUCCCUAAGAGUCAAAGUCUAUAACUUGAAGUCGCAAAAAAUCCCAAUUAACAUUUGGAAUGCCUAUCUUUACGUGGAUAACACAUUACAGUCUGAAGAACCAGAUAUGGUGUUCCUAUAUCUUCAAAAGCCACGCGGUUCUAACCAAGUGUUAGUGCGGGAGGUGGCCGUAAGGACAAACAGAGACGGGACAAUCUUUCGUCAGGUGCCCUCAUUUAUAGGGUACUUUAGCCAUUGGUUUGGCUUACCAUGA